AUGGGGCGGCUUUCUAAAGUUGCUCUCGUCUUUUCUCUUUUUGCUCUAAUCUGCGCCCUGGUCGGAAGCGCCAGCAGCAGCAGCGGACCGGUGUUUGCCAGGCUGACCCUCCCUGAGCCUUCUUUGGUGAACAGUUUCCUAAUGAACAACGCCACGGACUGGACCAACCCCCUGUUUGGAUUGGAGGAUUCCCGACCACUCCAGGUCAUCAAGUGCCUGCCCAAGCUUGAGAAGAUGAAGCAUACCUUCGGACCUGCCUAUGAGUUCUACCAAGUGCAGGCACCUGAGACCGCCUGCAACUUUCCUCCCCCCCUGGAGACUGUGGUGCGUCACAACCACGUGGCCUUCUUUGAGUACUGGGCUUCGUUCAUAGCUUUUCACGCAAGCUCCGCCAUCGCCGUGUUUUUUACCGCCGUCAUUGUGGGGUCUCCUUCUUCUCUCGGUAACCUCAUAGACGGGCGCUGGAACGCGAUUCCGCCGGAAGAGGUUUCCGCUCCGGAUCUGGAAGCGCCUGCUUCGGAAACCCUCCAGGGCAGAGUGGGCAGUGAUGCGAUCGAGGAUCCGGUACAAGACUUGGAACAGGGACCGGAGAUUCAAGGGCGUUUGAAAAGCGUUUCCUCGCCUGCCUUCGCGACUCACGCGGCAAUGGAGGAGAUCUUCCCGAAGACAACGGUCGAGCGCGUGGGGCCUGUCGCUUUGCCGGACCCCUCGCAGGGCCUCAACCAGUUUUUGCAAGAAAUGGACGCAAGCUUGAGCUUGGAGCUGUGCGUUACGCCGAAGAUGAGCUUCUACGUGGGCUUCCCGGACAACUGCGGACGGCUUGGCGAUCCGUACGGCGGUGUUGAGGCGUCCGUAAAGACCGGACCCUCGAAGUCAAAGUCGUUCUUCAUCGCUUGGCUGAAAGAAGUGGUGUACCUACACCUGUACUUGGCAGGCUUCUGCUUCGUCCUUCUGAGCAUUGCGGGGAAUGUCGCGCUCGCUCUAGUUAUCCUCGGGGUGUACCGGUCGGAUCAGUUGAUGGAAGUCGCUUCUGCUCUGCGUGCGGAGCUUAUAGAAGAGAAAGACAGAUUCGAGGCUGAAAUGAAGCGGGGAAAUCAGUCGAAUGCACGGUGA